AGGAGGAGGAGGGGGCGGGGGGCGAUGGCGGGGCGGGGGGCGGCGCUGCUCGUGCUGCUGGGGGCGGGGGCGGCCGGGCUGAGCCUGGAGCCGGUGGUCUGGCACACCGGGAACCGGCGGUUCCUGGCGGCGGGGGGUUACGUCCUGUACCCCCAGAUCGGCGACCGCCUGGACCUGGUGUGCCCGGGGGCGGGGGGCGCCGGGGGGGGUUACGAGUACUACAAGCUGUACCUGGUGGGGGGGGCGCAGGCGCGGCGCUGCCAGGUGCCCCCCGCCCCCACCCUGCUGCUCACCUGCGACCGCCCCCACCGCGACGUCCGCUUCACCAUCAAGUUCCAGGAGUUCAGCCCCAACCUCUGGGGCCACGAGUUCCGGCGCCUCCACGACUAUUACAUCAUCACGACCUCGGACGGGACCCCCGAGGGGCUGGAGAACCGCCAGGGCGGGGCCUGCCUCACCCGCGCCAUGAGGGUCACCCUGCGCGUGGGCCAGCGACCCGGCUCGGCGCCAGAGCAGGAGGGGGCAGGCCCAGCCAAUCAGACGAGCCCCCCGCCGGGGCCAGGCCCUCCCCCCCCGCGGGGGCGGGCGGUGGCGGGGGGCGCGGGGGGAGGGGCGGCGGCGCUGCUGGCGCUGGCGGGGGCGGGGGGGGCCCUGUGGUGGCGUCGGCGGCCCCGGCGAACCCCCAAAACCCCCCGGGGGCUGCCCCGCCCCCGCCCCGCCCCCGCCUGCCCCCUCCGUGACCUGCCCCCCCCCGCCGCCCCCCCCGCCUACUACAAGGUAUGAGGGUGGGGAGGGGGAGGGGGAGGCUCCGCCCUCUUGGGCCCACCCCCAAAACCCUUCCCCCUGAUGGGGCAACUCCCAAAAAUGGGGGAAUUCUCCCCAAAAGGAUGCCCCACCCCCACCCCCCCCCAGGCCUCCAGGCCAGGCGGGAGGGGGGUUAAUCCCGGAUGCUGGUGGGGCGGGGCCUAGCCCAGGGGGUGGGGCCUAGCCCGGGGGCGGGGCCUACUCCAGGCCUGUGGUCUAUCCUGUGGGUAAGGCCUAACCUGAAGGGGCGUGGCCUAGCCCGAGGGGCGUGGCCUAUCCUGAGAGGUGUGGCCUCAUCCAAUGUGGGCGUGGUUAAUCCCUGGGGCAGUGGCUUGAGCCGGGGCAGAGCUUCCCCAGCCUUGAGGUGUCACCCCCGGGGAGUGGGCGGGGCUCUGCAGACCCACCUUCCCCUUUAUUGGCUGUGGGGAAGCCCCUCCCACAUGGUGGAAGGCGGGGCUUCCUGAGCCACGCCUCUCCGAGGGUGGGGGGUGGGAGUGACUCAGUCACCCUCAGUGGUUCUGCAAUAUGGCCACUGCCUGCUGGAGGGACCCUUGGGACAGGAAGUGAUGUCACGCUGUGGGCGGGACUUCAUGCUAUGGAGGGCGACGGUGAGGCGGGACUUCUUGUCAGAGGGCAGGAAGAGGCGGGGUGCUGCUGGCCAGGAGAGGCGGGACUUCCUGUUUGCAGGGGAAACCCUGGAGAGGCGGGACUUCCUGUUUGGCGCCUGGAGAGGCGGGACUUCCUGAGUGGGCUGGAAGCAAUGCCGAGGACUUCCUGCGCAGGCCGGGGAAGAGGCGGGACUUCCUGUUUUGGCCCAGAGCCCCUGGCUGGGACUUCCUGUGUGUGACCCCGCUGGGGGCAGGACUUCCUGUUCUGGGAGGGGCGGGGCUCGGUGGCACUUCCUGUUUAGCCGCGGUGAUUAGAGAGUUCU